UGAACAAGCGCAAAUCGCCAGCUUCCUUGACCACAAAACCAAGCAGAUUGAUGAACUGGUAUCCGCAGAGCAGCGAAAGAUCGAACUUCUUAAAGAAUACCGUCAAUCCCUCAUCUCCGAAGCAGUGACCGGCAAAGAUAUAGAGCCGAACGAAAACGGUGAGAUCCUAUUUUUUUAUUUUCUGAGCGGCGUGCGAUAAAUAUCGCUGAAUUUUCGGUUGUUCCUAUGCUAUACUUGUGAUUCACGAUCAUAAGGAGUUAGAAAACAUGGCACAGACAACGGCUGAGUUUCUCAUAGAACAAGGUAUGCAACUUGGGGUUGAACAAGGUAAAGCAGAAGGUAAAGCAGAAGGUAAACAAGACGCAGUCCUCAAGCUCCUACAGCUCCGAUUUCAACACGUGCCAGAAACGCUCUCCCGCGAAAUCAGCAAUAUCCACAACCACACGCGCCUGGAUAUUCUCUUAGAGCAAGCGAUGACGGCAGAAAGUUUAGAUGAGAUAGAUACGCAUGCUCUCCUGAAAGUCUCUCUGAUAAGGGGUUUUAAGGUGGUAAAAUACCCAAACGAACCCAAAUCGCCAACUUCCUCGACCGCAAAACCGAACAGAUUAACGAACUGAUAGCCGCGGAACAGCGAAAGAUCGAACUCCUCAAAGAAUACCGUCAAUCCCUAUCUCCGAAGCAGUGACCGGCAAGAUAGAUGUCCGAAACGAGGUGUAGACCGUGCCGAGGUAUACAGAACAAAAUUUUGAGGACCA